AGUAAUGUGACACAGAAGUCACGCGGGCAACGAAGCGUAACCAAAAAACAGCCUUUUGUAGAGCUUGUAAAAAUAAACCCGAUAUGUAACGCAUCUGUAGCCACUGGGUUAAGUUUUACUUCAGUUGUUGAAACUGCAAUAGCAAACAGAAGCAGUGAGUGCAGAUAAAUCACAGCAUGAAAUGAAUUUCCCAACAUCUGGCGACUCAUUUGAGAGCGCGUACUCCGGAAACGGCGCAGUGGAUGAGCAGAACCUGGGCUUCAGCUUCGGCAUCAUGCACCAGGCAAUGGAGCACGAGGAUAAUGUCAUGCCAGACGAAUACCAAAGACCACCCCCGUAUAAUCCCUUCAUCCCCCAAGAUGAUCAGAACAGCUCCCCAUCCAGCAACGAGCACAGGUCGGUCGACAACGGUGAUGACGCCUCCAAAUCGAGGAAGAAACCACCGCCACCGCGUCCCCCACCCCCAAGGAGCACCAAGAGCAAAGAGGAAGAUGUCGUUCAGAAGCUCAAAGUCAACAAAGUCCGAUGGUUCUACAAGGACGACUCCAACAAGAAGUGGGUGCCGUUUAUCGGCUACGACUCGUGCCAGUUGGAGUGGAAGUACAGGAAGAUCCAUUAUGAGCAGGGGGAGGUCGGCGAGGUGGAUGCUGAGAGAGUCUUGGUCCGUGGAGGGCUGUAUGAAGUGGAUAUCUUAGAGAAGAAGUGUCUGUCUCUCUAUUGGUCAGAUGAGAAAGUUGAUGUCAUGCGAGGAACCUGGUUCUACUACGCCAACUCAGAACCACUGGAGGAAGGUAUCGCUACCCAGAUAGAGACGGAGCAUUUUGCUGAGUUUGGAGGGCAGAAAAUUACCGAGGAAACACAACCGAAGAAGGGACCCAAGCAAGUGUUGAAGCAGCUGCGAUUUAGAGAUCAACAUGUUGAUUGGAAUAGCAUCCGAGAUGUCUUUAUAUACAGCAACUCAACUAGCUCAAGGAUCGCACGAUCCAUCGGCACAACCAUUGGCUUCUCCAAAGCCUCUACCAGCGGGUAUCGCAUCGUUCGUGGCUAUCAUGAGGAGGCGUCGUUGGAUGACAAGCCACCACCAAUCAGUCAUCUGGUCUUUGUAGUCCACGGUGUCGGCCAGAUCAUGGAUAGGAGUAGCAUUAUCAAGAGCUGUUCAGAUUUGCGCAAAGGAGCAGACAAAACAAUCAACAAACAUUUCCCUGACUUGACAGGCCCGGCCUGCACCAAACGCAUCGAGUACCUCCCUGUGGAGUGGAGAUCGUCGCUGAGUUUAGAUAGCGGUGUCGUCUCUGCCAUAACGCCACAGAAACUCAAAGGGUUACGCCACGUCCUCAACAGUACUGGAAUGGAUAUAUUGUACUAUACCAGCCCGUUGUACAGAUCUGAGAUUGUGAAAGGCCUACACCUCCAGUUAUGUCGUCUGUACUCCCUUUUCUGCUCUCGUAACCCGGGUUUUGAACCAAAUGGAGGCAAAGUCUCCAUCUUUGCCCACUCCCUGGGUAGUGUCAUAGUGUAUGACAUUCUGACGGGCUGGAACCCUAUCCACCUGUAUGAUCAGUACUUGAAUCACGAGCAAGGGAGCCACCCUGAUUUGGACUCUGUCAGCGAUCACCAUCAGGAGUUGGCCACGGAGCUUAAUGAGGCGCGAAAAAAGGUUGCAGAGUUAGAGGAUAAACUCUUGGCAACUAACCAAGUGGCUGUCAGCAUCAAAUCUCCAAAACUAGACUUCCAGAUUGACAGUUUUUUCUGUGUGGGUUCCCCUCUCGCUGUCUUCCUUGUCAUGAGAGGUUACCGUGCCCAAGGCAAUGGUUCCAUCAGCCACAUCAUUCCCAAGUCCAUCUGUAAACGAAUCUUCAACAUUUACCACCCUGCCGAUCCAGUUGCCUACCGUCUGGAGCCCCUGAUGCUGAAACACUACUCCACCAUUAACCCGCUACACAUCCACCGAGCCGACUCCCCCAAGCAGACCCCCUACGACCAGAUGAAAGCCACCGCGUUCCCCACCAGUCGUGCAUCACCGGAAGAGUUGACCAGCACAGACACGGGGUCAUCGAAUCAAGGGUCUCCCCCAUCGGGCGCAAGUGCAAAUACAGUAGUGGACAAGAAGAAGGAUAGGACAACGCUACUGUUGACAAGCUAG